AUGUCUCGACACGUAGCCAAGCUUGCCCGGCUCACAGCCAACACAGCUCGCCCUCUGGCGCUCAGAAUACCGCUCCGCGCUGCGGCAAUUGCGGGAGCGAGCUCCGGCAGGUCAUCGCUCCAUCUCUCGGCCCAAAUCCAGAGAACAUCAAUCCGCUUCGCCUCCUCCGACGCGACAGCAGGAAGCACGACCGACCCUUCCCUCGUACGGGGGGACGAGCUGAUGCAGCGCGCAGGGGCCGCGCUGGAGGAAGGGGACGUGGAGACUGCUCGGGGGCUGUAUGAGGAGUGUGUGGGGGUAUGCGAGGGGGCGAAUGCGUGGUUCAAUCUGGGGGUAUGCGAAUAUCAUCUCAUGGCUACAUACUGGGCUCAGGACGAGCAAGAUCCCGGCUCUGACGCCGCAGAAAACACACCCGCCGCUAUCAAAGCAUGGGAGAAGUCCUUGGAGCACGUUCCCUCUUCGGACGCUCAUACAAAUCUUGCCUCUGCGCACAUCCUGUCUAAACCCCCUCAGCCUGCUCUGGCGGUCAAGCACCUUACUGCUGCACUAGAGCUCUCACCGGAUGAUCCAGAGAUCGCCUUCAACCUCGCCGCUGUACUGGAAUCAACUGGUAGCCUAGAGCACGCACUCAAACUGUACAAGCGCGCAGAGGACGGCGGGAUUUCCCGCGCUAAACAAAACAUCAUCAGUAUCUCCGCCAAGAUCAUGGGUCAAAAGUCCGCAGCGGCACUGGCGAGCUCGAGCGGGACGUCGCCUUGA